AAAAAUGGACUCGUUGCAUAACUAAGGAAGAUCGAAAAGAAUAAAAUCUAAAAUUUUUAUAACCUAAAUUUUUGAAAUAUUUGCGAAAAGCAAGAAAAAUUAUGGCUCGUAGUAGAUUAGAAAAAAUUGGAACAAUAUUUGAAAGAGUUGGGGGUCUCUUAAAAUCCGGGGCAAUUAAAGCAGAAGAUAAACCUAUUUGGUUUGAUGUUUACGAUGCAUUUCCUCCAAAAUUAGAACCUAGAUAUGAUAGACCUGCACCUAAGAUAUCAGUAAAACCAAUAUUUUACAAAGAAGAUAUUGUAAGAGCAAAAUUUCAAAGAAAUUAUAAAACUUUGGGUACGAUAAAUUUGAGAAGUUCUACACCCACUGUUACACAACAAUUUUUAAGUACUUAUGACCGAUUAUCGAAGGAAAAUUCUAAUCAAACUGAGAACGAAUUAUAUGAGUCUGCUCUGAAUGUUUUUAACAAUGAACGGGCUACAAAACGUCAACAGUUGUUUGAAAAUCAAAAUGAAUCUAGCAGUAAAAUACAAACAGGAAAUACAAGCCAAGAAAACAAUAAAUUAUCAAAUGAAAGUAAAAACUCCAUAAAAGAUAUUUUUAAAGAAUGAAGAUUUUGCAAUUUCAUCUGAACUUAAACUUAUAGUCAUUAGUGAAUUUAUUUGUUACAUUAUAAUGGUAUUAAUUAAUAUUAUUAAAAAUAUUUUUUUUGUUGA